CGUCAAUCGAUACAAACAUGGCGGACGUAGUAGAUUCCUUUCUCGCUAAGAAAUGAACUGAAACUGUGAUUUGCAUGAAUUCUUGGGGUUGAAACUUACAAUCAUGCUGAUAUACGUGGAGAGCAAAGCUUUUCCGAGCAAGACAUUCACCCUGGUGUGUAACCCACAUGAGACAGUUGCAAGAGCAAGAGCACAGAUGCUUCAUAUUUUAUUUGAGCUUGGAAGAGCAGAGCACCAGUUUCGAUUCAGAUUCAAAGGAGAAUAUCUGAGAGAUGGCUAUACCUUUGAGGACUACAGGAUUCAGGAUAAUUCAGUGAUCAAAAUGGUUCCAAUGAGUAAAAGAAAAAGAGGGUCUUAUGCAACUGUAUUUGGGCAAGAGCAGUCCACUCAAGAUGUGGCUGGUGCAGAUGAACAUGUGUUCAGUUCACGAGCAAUCCUCCUAGGACAAGAGGAAUUAGAUGAUGUACAGAAGGCAUUGCGAAAAGAAAUUAACAUUUUUGAACGAAGAGAGACAUUUCUGGGCAAUUUUAAGGUCCUACUAUGGAUUCAUUUUCUGGCUACAGUUUUAUCCUUUACAACCAUUUAUUGGUUUUCCUCAUUUUGGACAGGUGCUUUGAUGUUGUUUGGUUUCUUAUAUUGCCCAAAUUACACAAGACUUGGUGGUUUUGUAGGAAAGCAUGGGAUGAACAAAAAUACUUUUGUAAUUGCUUUUGCUGGUGGUGGCAUCAUGAAUGUAACAGCAUCUUUGUUGAUGGGAAUCUAUGUCAUUUUUGAACUGAUGGCAUUUGAAUGUGAUAAUGAGGAGAGCACCUGUUUGCGGAAGAAAGAACAGAUGUAUUGGUCAAUAACCUUUUACCUUGGCCAGGCAUUUUUCCUGGUAUGCAGUGUGUUGAUUUGUGCCAUUUUGUUUCAUAACUUCAAAACAGAGGUGGGUGACCUGAUCGAGACACAUCUGGUACAGAUCAGGGAUAUUGAUAAAGUUAUGAAAAGUGCCAAGACAGGAAGUAUGAAAGAAAGAAGAGGUGCUGCAUUUGAACUUGCCAGUUUAGCGGCCACAGGAGAUGACACAAAAUUUAGGAUUGUACAAGAGGGGGGACUACCAGCCUUGAUGAAUUUAUGCCUGUCACAAGAUCAGGCCACUCAAGAAUAUGCAAUAGAGGCAAUAUCAGAACUACUCACUGUUCCUGUUAUCCAGGACCAGUUUGUGGAACUGGGUGGAGUUCGCACCAUGUGUGCUCUGUUGCACUCCAAGGAGAAUCGUGUGGUGAAUGAAGCUGUGACAGCCCUGUCGUAUAUAGUGUCUGACAGUGAAGCUAACAGGCAGGUGGUCAUCGGAGAAAACGGCUUGGAGGAUUUGUGCUACGUUGCUGAACGAAUUCAAGUCCCAGCUUCUCGAAUCCUUGCAGCAAUCUUCCUUGAACUUGUGUUUACGGCAGAGAUACGAGUCAUGCUUUCCCAACAGAGUGCGCCUGCUACUUCUCUUGUGCAUCUGUGCAAACUUCGAGAUGCAGAAACGCAGCGACUUGCUCUUCAAACACUGGAGCUAUUGGCCAUAGAGAAUUCUGAUGUCAUUAUUACACAUGAUUCCCUGCUGGAGUUGCUGCUGUCUCUCCCCAAUCUGACAGACGAUGAACAGCUGUUCUUGCUGGCAGGAAAGAUCAUUCUUUAUUACGCUGAAAGUGAGCUGGCUUGUCAGAAACUUGUGGAGGCUGAGAACUUGAAGUUCUGUCUAAUGGAGUUAGCAUACAGCUUGGAUCCUCUGCUGCAGAAUGUAGUGGCCAAGAUUAUUCUGGCUAUGAUAGACUCACACGAGAACAAGGACGAAAUUGCCGAGCUUGGCUUGGAUGAAGUGUUAAUCCACAUCAGAAAUGAGUCUGCAGACCGAGAUGCUUGGCGCAUGGCAGAUCAUGGACUGAUGAUACUGCACAAUGUCAAACAAACUACUGAUUCAAACAAGUCCAAAUCACUUGCCACAGACCUACCAACUAAGAAAGCUCUUUAAACCAUGUGAUGGCUACGCUAGAAUGUAAGGUUGAAAGUUGAGAUGAAGAAGUAGCCUUCAACAUUUACAUCCGCUUUUUCACUCUUUUUUUCCAUUAUGUUCGGUUUUUUCUUUUACAAAAUUUCUCUUGCCUACGAAACGGUAUAGCUGGAAACGUAGAAAAAGAGAAAAAAUAACGAAAGAAAAAAGGAUAGACGAGAGCAUGCUGUGAGCUCUGUUUAUUCCAGACUUGUACUCACUCACAGGUAAUUGUAAAAAGCAACGUGUAAAAAGGCAAACAUUGCAAUACGUUAAGAGUGAAUCAGCUUAUUGUUAAUCGUUGAAGAAAAGCACAGAACUCCAUGAGACGAAUUUUAAACCGUAUCGGUGCAAAACUUCUCGUAGAGGAACACAACGUUUAACCCUUUACACCCUAUUGUCAGUAUGCAUUUUCUCAGUACUGUUCUCCAGAAGUUUCCUAAGGUGCCGACUAGGAGAAUUUGUUUAACAAUCAAGAGCUCCUCUAGUUGGUGAUCAUUUCCCUUACUCUCGUGACCUUAAUGUGUGAUUCAGGGAUGAUAUGGUGAGGAGAAAUUAGAUGCUAGUCACUCUUUGGGAUGAAAGGGUUGAGUAUUAGGCUCAGGUCACGCAGAGAAAUUUUAGUGCUGCUGCAGGAACGGCGUCGAUUACAGAACGGGUUCGUUGUUUGAAAAUUCUUACUUACCCUUCUUGGUUGAAAAACCGCGUAAACAAGUUCCUUAGUUCCUGCAUAUCCAGUUGCUGGGCUACUUUCCCAACAAUAUGUAUUCAACUCACACGAGUCAACUCACUCCCCAUUUUUGUGUCAAAACCUUUUGCCCCCAAAAUUUAAUCUCCAUCAUAAAUUCUUACCGAAGAUAACAAAUUUGCUAUGACUUUUCCAGCGUUGCCAUUCCUUUUUGCACAUUGGGCUUUUAGUAGAUAUAGGUAAUGGACAAACCAGCCUUACAAGUGUAGUUGACGCAAAUUGUUAUUUAAGUGUAAAAAAGUAUUUAUAGCAGGAAUAAGUAGGUUUAGUUUUUGCCAAAAUGGCCCCAAGAAAGCGUCUGGUUUUAACUCCUAUUGAGAAGCGAUACACCUGUUGAUCGAAUUAAAUAUUUUUGUACCAAUUGCA